AUGCUUACCCUUCGGUUGGGCACCUGUGUCCUCCUUCCCAUUGGCCUUCUGGUUCGUACCCAACUGUCCAGUCCACAGGCCUCCGUAACGCCUUUUUGCCCAGCCCUGUGGAUCUUACCUAGCCAUGUGGCCUGCUGCCUCUGCCAAUUUAAAAAUAGCAUUGAGGCUGUCUGCGAGACAGUCAAGCUGCAUUGCAACAUUGAAUGUCUGAUUAACACCGUACAUUGUCCUGAAGAAGCAUCUGUAGGGAAUCUAGAAGGAGCGUUCAUGAAGGUGUUACAAGCCCGGAAGCAGCACACAAGCACUGAGCUGACUAUUGAGUCGGAGGCGCCCUCAGACAGCAGCAUCAAGUUGUCAGGCUUUGGGGGUGAGCAGCUAGACACCAAUGACAAGAGUGAUGAUAUCAGUGCACUAAGACACAUCUUCCCUUAUUUCUCAGAAGGAAAUCUAGAUGCAGAAUCCACAUUACCAUUCGCUAAACUGCUUUUUUCAAAUGUACAAGGUGGAGAUAGGCUCUGGAGCAUUUUGAAAAACAACAGAAAGAGCCCCUCACAGUCCAACCUUCUAGGUAACAAAUUUAAACAUCAAAUAUUCCCCAAUAAACUAGAAACUGUUGAACCACAGGAAAACAGCCUGGUAAAGAUUCACAGUGUAGGCAAAAACCUGCAGAGAGUGAACAGAGUCCUCACAGGCCCAAGGAGCAUCCAGAAAAGACACUACAAAGAGGUGGGAAAGCACAGCACUAGGAAAGAACAGGAUGCCCAGGCACUUGUGGACAAUGCUGCCAAAGAGAAAAGGCUUGAGAGUCCAGCCCCAAGGGAGCUGGAACAGCCUCACAUAGUGCAGGGUCCUGAGAAGGUAGCGGGAAACACCAUCUACACUAAGCCUUCGUUCACCCAAGAGCAUAAGGCAGCAGUCUCCUCUACGCUGAAACCCUUCUCCAUGGUCAUGCCUUCUGCCUCUAGCCCUGCAAAAGCUCUACCUCAGGUCAGAGACAGAUCAAAAGACUUAGCCUACACCAUUUUAAUGUUAGAAACGGCAAUGGCUAGGGUUAAAAAUAUGGAGGCUGCUAAACCAAUCGCACAUUCCAAUAGACUCAUGCUCCCAAAUAGGCCGCCGUUGUCUGCAGAGAAGAGCCUCAUAAAUUCACAAGGGGUUUUUUCAUCCUUAGGAGACCUGAGUCCUCAAGAAAACCCUCUUCUGGAAGUAUUUGCUCCUUCAGAACGUUUUAUAGAAAACACUCAUGUAGAAGACACAGCUGCAAGAGAUGCCUCUGAAGAAAUUUUUAUGGAAAACACUGUUAUGCCAGAAGGCACCAUCUCUGAAAACACAAACUACAAUCAUCCUCCUGCGGCAGCUUCCGCUGGGACUGCGUUCAACUUAGAGCCAACUGUUACACAAACUGACACAAAAUGGAAACACAACAACAUGGGGACUGACCUGUCCCCUGAGCCCAAAAGCUUCAAUGACCCAUUGCUCUCCUCCCCAGGUGACCAGUUUGAAAUUCAGCUAACCCAGCAGCUACGGUCCCUCAUCCCCAACGAGGAUGUGAGAAGGUUCAUGUCUCAUGUUAUCCGGACCCUGAAAAUGGAAUGUUCAGAAACGUAUGUGCAAAUGACCUGUGCCAAGCUCAUGUUGCGAACAGGCCUCCUGAUGAAGCUUCUCAGCAAGCAGCAGGAAGCAAAGGCAUCCAAGGCAGAAUGGGAUACGGACCAAUGGAAAACUGAUAACUAUAUUGAGAGUGGACAGAAAGAGCAGAAGUCGUCUGAGCUCAUGAAAGAAGUUCCACGAUACGGCCAUAACAACGAAGUCAUCUUGGCAAUAUCUGUGACUGUAAUACUAACACUUUGGAUUAUAAUGAUUUGUCUGAUUGAGAUUCUUGCCCACAAAAGGGCAUCAAAGAAACAUGAAGAAGACUCAUCAGUGUGA